AUUUCAUCCGAGUAUCUUCUCAACAAUGGUUUCAUCUGAUGUUCCAAAGACUCAACGCGCUCUUAUUUUUGAAUCAUACGGAGGUCCACUUGAAAUCAAGCAACUUCCGAUUCCUCAACCCAAUGAGGAUGAACUUUUGGUGAAAAUGGAAUAUUCUGGAAUAUGCCAUUCGGAUGUUCAUACGUGGCUAGGUGACUUUCAUUAUGUUUCCAAAUGUCCAAUGAUUGGUGGGCAUGAAGGCGCCGGCAGUGUGAUCAGCGUUGGAUCGAAAGUAAAAAAUUGGCAAAUCGGAGAUAAAGUUGGGAUUAAGUUGGUCCAAGGAAACUGCCUUAACUGUGAGUAUUGCCAAACUGGACAUGAACCACUUUGCCCUCAUGUCUGGAACAUUGGAGUUCAAAAAUAUGGAACCUUCCAAGAGUACGCUACUAUUCGUGACGUUGAUGCUAUCAAAAUCCCAAAGAGUAUGAAUAUGGCCGCCGCUGCUCCCGUGCUUUGUGGUGGUGUAACUGCGUAUAAAGCCCUAAAGGAGUCUGAAGUGAAGUCUGGACAAAUUGUUGCAGUCACUGGAGCUGGUGGUGGGCUGGGAUCUUUUGCAAUUCAAUACGCAAGAGCUAUGGGAAUGCGAGUUGUUGCGAUAGAUCAUCCAAGUAAAGAGGCUCACUGUAAGAGUCUUGGAGCAGAAUGGUUUGUUGAUGCAUUUGGAACUGAGGAUAUUGUGGCACACAUUCGAGAAAUUACUGAUGGUGGAGCACAUGGUGUUGUCAAUUUUGCAGCUGCUAAGGUGCCCAUGGAGAAGGCUCUAGAGUACGUUAGAAAACGAGGAACUGUGGUGUUUGUAGGACUUGCGAAAGACUCAAAGAUUCUCGUCGACACAAUCCCCCUGAUUUUCAACGCUGUAAAAAUCAAAGGAUCAAUUGUUGGAUCCCGAUUGGAUGUCAAUGAGGCUAUGGAUUUUGUGGCUCGUGGAGCCGUCAAUGUCCCAUUAGAGUUGGUGAAGCUGGAAGACGUCGCCGAAGUCUACACAAAAAUGCACGAUGGAAAGAUAAAUUCUCGGGUUGUUGUGGAUUUCUCUUUGUAAAUAUGUAUAUUUUUCAGCAAUUAUUGUCGGUUUUUUUAAACCCCAUAAUUUUUUUAUCGGUGAUAUUAUUCCAAGUUAAACAUCAUAUGCCCCAUUUGUAAUUUUUUCUGAAUUUCCAGAAUGUUGUUAAACAGGAAACUUUUUUGGGGGAUUUUGUAAAUUUUUGUAAGUUCUUCACUCUUUUUGUAAGUUCUUCACUCUUCCCAGAAAAAAGUAAUUCUCAUUAAAAAGUAAUUCAAAAAUUUUGUAUUUUUAUGUGCAUGUAUUGAUAAAAUUAUGAAGCACCAAUAGGCGAUAUAGCUUCAUUUCAAACUUUUUGCAAUGGCUGAAUAAAUUGGUCGUACAAG